AUGUUGGGGACGCAGGAAGCAAUCCGCCAGAGCCAGGCGAAGGAGAAGCGCGAGGAGCAUCGAGCCCGUAGAUGCAACCUCAUAGUCGGCUGCGUCAGGACCUCAGUCCGGAGCCGCGCAAUCAAUGGCAAGAAAAUUGUCCUUAGAGACCACAAGCUGUACAUCGACACCGAAAACGCUGCCGAGACGGAUGAGUCCUCGGGCCAUCCCUUCGCAGGCUACUAUCUCCCCUACCCUGACAGCGAGUACGAGGGGCUUGUCAGCACAAUCACACACAUAGCUCCAAUUCUCAAUUGGAUCUACAUUGACAAAGAUACGUUCGAGGUCAAGUAUGGCGUUCGCGACCUCGCCCAACCUCAUCUUACCGGCCCAUUCGACUGCACCCGCCAGGACCGCCGGUUGACCUUCGAAGACUGGGAGGGUUUUGUGGCUGUCGAAGAGGCACCCAUGACCUGGGCACUUUACUUCGACCGAGAUGACACUGGGCUGAAGGGGAAGAUCCCACCUGGGCAGAAGGUGCUGGAGGUUGUCCUCACGCGGCAGGAACGGAAGAAGCUGAAAGAAGAGGCUCAGAAACCCAAGGAUACCGACAAGGAAAAGGCAGAACAGGCUGGUGACCACCAGGGUUCCUACAUCCAGGGUGCAGCAGCUGCUGCUCAGGGCGCCGCUCCCGACGCCGGGCAUGGUGCGAGCCCGGAGCCAUCGCAGCCACAUGUCCUCUCAGCGGCAGACCUCGCAAAGCUCAAGAUUGGAACCACUGGGCCGUCGUCGGUUUGGUCGGAUCAUGUGGAAGGCACCGUCAGUUCUCCCACGGAGCCAUGGGGCGCUGCGUCGAUGUGGUCCAACCAGGAACAACAGGCGGCUUCUGGGGCGGCGAGUCAUUUGGCACCCUUCACUCCAAGCAGCUCAAUCUACGGUGACGAUGAUGCUGGCACGGCGGUCAGCAUUGGAGUGCCCGAGGAGACCACACCCGGGCGGACCGGAUACCGACAGCCAUACGUGGAAGACGAGGCCUCGGCCACGAAGGACCUCAUCAUGGAAGAGCCCAAGAAGGAAGAUGUACGUGCCAUUGACGCCUUCGAGGGCAUCAGGCCAACACCAGUCGGACCGGUGGCCACUGAGAACCAAGAGGCGAUGGAUGCGGGUGCUGGCGCCGAGCCACAACCCGAGCCCGAAGACGUGGAAACGGUGGGGUCUGACAGUCUGAAGGCCGAGCCACGGAUCGAUCAGCAGGCGAGCAUCGAAGUUACGUCAGACACGGGAGAGCAACUCGAGACGAGGAAUGCAGAUGCCACACAACAUGACCAGGAUGGCUUGAAUGAGAUCCCACAUGAUGGGCACAAGGAUCCCGUCGACAGUGAGAAACAUUCGCCACAGGAAACGUCAGAUCAGUUGACUACACCACAAGUGGAUUUCCAGGUAUCGCACUCAGACCACGAUGUCCCGCCAAAGGAGUCCGUUGCAAACGGUGAUAUCGCCGCUGACAAGACGGAUGGCACUACGUUUGAGCAGGACAAUGUCAUGGCGGACCAGAGUCCCACCGAAGCAGAGCUUCAACUUGACAUGGCGCCAGCUCUCAAAAAUGACGGCGUCACUGCAGCCGACGGCCAGCGGCCUCUCGCCAUGCAUACUGAGCUUGCGCCAGUGAUGGAAGAAGAGGUUAGAGAGCCCGUAUCCACUCCGGUGGAAGCGAUGCGGCAGCUAACGCCUGGACUGCACGGCGCUGAACCGCCAUCUCCCGUUGACAACCUUCCCGCCUGGGCUACGCUUCCAGAGCCGUACUGGAAGGCGGCACCUGCCUCGCCGCCCCGAUCUCACUUUUCCAUUGAGGAGCCCGACACACCAAGGCAGCGCAACUUCUCUCGUCCCCAACACAGCAUUGAGUCGGAAUCAUCGCUGAGGCGCUACAAGUCCAAUACUUCGACAGAUGAUGAGAGAUUGUUCCGGGAGGAUAGUGCACCGCCGGUCACCAUUUCCAGGGAGCCAUACCCGGUCGAGGACGACCCAACGUCGACAGAUACGUCGUUGGUCGACACGUCGUACACGGCGCAUUCGCCCUGCGACGAGGAGGAUGCGACGGCGGAGGCUUCGGAACAGCAGGCGGCCGAAGGAAUGGAACCGACGAGCACUCAGUCCAGCGUCACUCUCGGCGAGCCAGGAUUGCAAGGUAAUCGAGACCAACCGCACGGGAAGGGAGCUGAUGGAUCCAUGCAGAGCACAUCAACAGCAGAAAGGCCUAAGAUGAGCUGGCGACGGUCGUUGGCGUCGCGGCUCAAGGUGUCCAAGGAAUCUGUACUCAAGCGUUCUCGCACAUCGUCAUGA